AUUCGAACUUACCAAGGACCUCCAUUAACAGGCCCAUCGAGAUCCAGAUGCUCCCUUGCCCUGCGGAGCAAAGAAAACUUUACACAUCAUGAUAGGAGAGCAAGAGAUCAAUCUUACUGAGCUAGCCCAAACGUUGACAUCGGGAGAGCCUUUCAGAUAUCAGCCCGCUCAACGGCGUGUGCGGGGUGUGUUCAAUGGCAAGUACGCAUUUGAUACCCUCGAUGCCUACUUCGUCUGGGAACGCCCUUACCGUCCUCGAUACUUCGUACCAGCAGCAAGUUUUGCGUCUAAUGCGAUAUUGAUAAAGAUGUCUCCAAUCAUGGAUACAGGAGACAGCGCCUAUCUCGCUCGCUUGACCGUAGGAGAUAAAAGUACAGACCGCGUUCUAAUAUUCAACACUCAGGAGCUGGAUAAUCUUGUUAUGGUAGACUUUGGCGAACUUGACCAGUGGUUUGAAGAAAACGAACCAAUAUAUGGACAGCCGAAAGAUCCAUACAAAAGGAUUGACGUUCUGCGCACCACGCGAAGGAUCCAAGUUACACUAGCUGGCGUCACCCUAGCCGAGAGCCGCAGUCCUCUUCUGUUGCUAGAGACUUCACUUCGACCGCAAUACUACCUGCUAUCGACUGAUAUCCAGUGGGAGCAUCUCAGCAAAAGCGACACUGAGACAUACUGUCCCUACAAAGGAAGAGCAACAUACUACAAUGUCCAUGUUAGGGGGGAAAUUUACAAAGACCUUGCCUGGUGCUACUUAUUUCCGGUCUACGAAAGCGCACUGAUUGCAGGGUGUUUGUGCUUCUAUGGUGAGAAGGUAGACUUCUGUGUUGAUGGGGUCCGCAUACAUACAGUAUCAGGAGACAUAUCAGGAUAA